AUGGAUGAAUGGGAAGAAAAGAUAAUCCAAGAAAUUGAAAAUGCUAAUAAUCAACUAGACGAGGAAAUUUCACAAAAAAUCAUGGAUUUACAGAAACAAGAUGGAAAUCCUGCUCAAUUACGCAUAGCAAUUGAAAAGCUAGAGUUCCAACAGAGUGAUUUAUCUAUGGUUAGAGAAUGGAUCCGAAAUUUAGUAAAUGAAAGUACUUAUGAAAGUUUAAGACUCUCUAUUCUUCUCAACGAAGCCAAUCAUAUUAGUAAAGCUAUUGGAGAAACAGCAAUAUUUGAUCGUCUUGACAACGUAGUCGAUGGAAAGGAAACCAACAUGAGAAAAUCCAAUUAUACGGAUGAAUUAAAUACCGGUCGAGUUGGAGUCUAUAAAAUUGGUAGCGAAGAAGCAGAAACAACAAACAAAGAGAGAAUCCUUAUUCCAAAAUCAGAAAGCGACCAAAGCGAUUUUAUUAAAUUAUCGGAGAAAUUACUCAACGACAUGACUAUAAAGAAAUCAUCAAGUUUACCGAUACGAGAUAGUACAAAAGAUCUAGCGGAUAUUGCCAUGACUGAUUUAUCCAAAGUUUUAGCUAAUGUCGAACCUGAGAGUAAAUUAAUAGGGAAAGACGAAACAGAAAUCGAUACUACAGAAAUAGUACUAGAAAAUCCAAUUAUUGAUCCGUUGGGUUUAGAUACAGAAUCAAUGACAAUCGAUUUAACUAAUGAAGAACAACGAAAAUCACUAACAGAUUCCUUAUUUCAAAAUUCCAAUAAAAUCAACAAUUCUUUGUAUGGCAGUUCGGGGGAUAAAUUAGAAUCGUUAUUUCAUAAUGUGUCAGGCGAUGUUAAUUCACCUAGUAGUAAGGAAACUUUAGAUAGCACUGAAAUCAACGAUCAUGACUCUGAAUUAACGUUUAAUUCCAUUUCCUUAACGGGUAGCAAGCGUUCAUCUGUUGCCAGUCAAGUAGAAAUACAUCCAAGUAGCAAGCGAUCAUCUGUUGCCAGUCAAGUAGAAAUUUAUCCGGAUAGCAAGCAUUCAUCCGUUGCGAGUCAAAUAGAUAUACAUUCUACCCUUCAAAGUAAUUAUUUAUCUAAAGAAACACAGCAGGAUAAUCCUAAUACAACGGGAGAUAUCAAUGAUAGAAAUCAUUAUUCCAAGAGUGAAGAAUCUACGAAGGCCGUUGAUAACAGGACUAUACCCAAUGCAAGUCCAGUUAUUGCCAUGAGCCAUGAUAAUUAUACUUCAAGUAGUGGUGAAGAUGAUCGAAGUUCAAGCUUACGACAACGACCAGUAGUAAAGAAAGAAGAUCUAAAGCUGUUAGAAAUUGUGGCCAAAAAUAGUAUUCAGACUGGGAAAGGAUCGAAAGGAAUUUACCCUGUAAGAAGAGGACGCAAAGCCGAAGUGGCUUCACUGGAAAGGGAAAUUUUAUCUGCACCAUCAAGUCCUAAAUUAGAAAAUCGAAAAUCCUUCAAUUCCGCAACAACUAUUGUCAAACUUUGUCAUGAUCAUAUCCAAAAGGCAAUCUCAUUUUUGGAAGCUGGAGUACAAGCCUGUUAUGUCCCACUACCUCAAAAAGUUUUACACGAAUGCCAGAUGCUAUCAGCUUUUGGAGCCUUAUUACUCAGAUACUAUAAUAAAGAGAGAGUCGGAAGUUCCGUUAACCUAAAUCAUUGCUGUCUCCAAUUAACUGUAUCGAUGGAAAUGCUGGCUGAACAUGUUCGAACUUGGGGUAGUAUGGAUAUUGCCCAUAAUACCUAUGAUCAUAUUAAUAUCCAACUAUUAGGAAUAACAAAGAUCGCAGGAGGAAAUGUGGCUAAUAUGCUUCUGGCUGCUGAAACUUGGAAGGUCAGCGAAAUCCAUAAUUCUUAUAAGAGAAUUUAUGAUUGUGUCCAUUCUAUUGCUGAAUUAUCAGGGGAACAUACCUUUGUAUCAGCAUCUUACCUAUUUAAUGAUGAGAAAAUUGAUAAUAGCGAUAUGAUUGAUGACAUAGAUAGCCAUCGCAACCUUAUUCAGUUGGAUAAUUAUCUGAAAAAACGAUAUAUUGAUGGAUCAAAUCGUCCCAUCGAGAAGGCGAUCAUCGAAGCUUAUGACUGUAUUUUGGAAUGUGAUGAAAAACUUAGUAUCACCGGACAUUCUCAUCGAGUUCAGAUAAGUGUUGAAGUCAUAAAUUGUCUCCUUGACAUUACACAAGAUGUAAAAAUUUUAUUAAAAGAUCAAGGGCUCUUGCAAUCGAUAGAGAAUGAUAUUGACGAUUUUAAUCAAGUCUAUUGCCAAUCUUCAUUUAUUCAGUCGGUUUAUAAUCGAGCAGUGGUUGUUAUUAACGAUGUUGAACGAUUAAAACUGGAUGUUCAAUCGCUAAUUGCUACCUGUUGUGACAAGAACAGUUUAAAGAAUAGAUUGAAAACUUAUGAGGAAUCAGUUCAAUAUAGUAAAAGUAUUAUUCAAGAUAUUUCAAAAUUGUUAAGAGUCAUCAAUCGGCAUUCCAAACGUUCCAGUUUAAUCCCAAAUACACCAGAAGAUGGUUCAGUAAGAACGCCCGACUUAUCACUGUUUGAUCAUUCUAAAUCUCAAGAUGACGACACAGACACUGGCAUCAUUGAUCUAGCACAAAAAAUUAUACAAACUUGUAAUACAUUAAAUAAGAUUUUAAGUAACAGGUCGUCAGGUUCAACGACACCAAGACCAUCCAUUCGUGGUGCAUUAGUAAAGGGUGAUGAACAAGUAACAUCAUCUACACCACCUCCAAUUUAUGUUAGAUCGACAUCAUUUACAAAUAAAGGGAUUAAAAAAGGAAUAUUUGAUGAUGCAAAAAGUCGCGAAUUAGAGCAAGUUUUAGCAUCAGUUAAGAAAAAGCAUAAAAAUCAAGUGGUAGCCUGCCCUGAAUUAGUCGGUAACUUUAUGAUGUUGACGUUGAAGGAUAAUUUUUUGCGAUCAAGUGAUUCUUGA